AUGAUUCAUUCGGCUAACGUUAAGGCAGUGCUAGAAAUUACAUUGAAACCCAUUGACAUUAAGACUUUGCCAUACAAGUCUCCAAGUCUACAAUCAUCACUGCUCUUAUCAAACAUAAAUGGAUCCAUCCUUUCGUAUGCAACUUCAUCAGAUGCAAAUCAAUCUAACUUAACUACACAAGCGACCUCUUUAAGUAAUCUGAAAAUGAUGAGUCUUCUCAUAAAGGAUAAAUGGUUCGAAGAUGAAAGGGAGUAUUACACGCAGCUUAGAGAAAAGGGUACCAAUAUUGCCUCAAAGUCAAGUAAUUGUUAUUCAUACGAGGUACCAUCUUUGCAGAAGAUGGAUAAUGAAGUAAGUGAACCAGUGAGUCCCAUUCAGGAGGCCAAUAGCAGCAUUCAUACUCUUAACGAUAUGGCGAAAACAGAAACGGUUGUAAGAAUAUACACUUAUGAGAUAGAAGAAUUACAUGUUUGCGUUAGCGCUAUUCCACAGAGUGAUCUAUUAUUAUUAUUUAUUGCCGAUAAUAAAUACCCUUAUGGACUGCUCGUGAUGAAGAUGGAAGGUGCCCUAGAAGCAUUCAAAGAAAUGUAUGGUUAUAGACUCGGUUAA